AUGUACUAUAUGCUUUACCUUGCAAGUCUCUGCCGCCGUCGGCACUGGCCCGAACCAACCUACAGUUCCAGCGCCACCAAAUCAGGCUACACAUGCGUGGUACGCGUGCAUAACCGCGAGUAUCAAACCGACAUUUGCUGCGAGUCAGAGACCCUUGCCCGAGAAAGCGCCGCCAUGCGUGCGUACCUUAUCUGUCGCAAUUUCUCCGUCAACGAUGGCAUGUACCCUGCUGGUCAUGACCAUGGGGGCGUGAUUCAGGGAAUUCCAGUCGCCAUUGGCACGGGACGGAAGUCCAGUCGGGAUGAUGAUAUUGAUACUUUGGGAAGUAGCAGUGGGGACAGCUGGCGAGGUGGAAGCAGCCCUGGGAGUGUGAUUCGAAUGGAAUGA